AUGUUCAAGUAUAUAAUACUUUUGGCCUGCUACGGGGUCAUAUCUUCAAAAUGUGCAUCAACUGAUUACACUGUCCACAAUGAACAGAAAACAGAGAGAGUUAUUGGUGGAACAAAUGCUUUACCAAAGAAAUGGAUGUGGCAGGUUUCACUGCAGUUUGCGUAUGAGUCUGACCCAUCUUACUACUACCAUACAUGCGGAGGCAGUCUGAUUCACCCAUUGUGGGUGAUGACAGCAGCUCACUGUGUAGACAGUCCUCGAGGAAAAAUCUACCGUGCUGCUCUAGGAGAUUACAAUCUUUUUGAAUAUGAAGGCAGUGAGUUGUUUAUCCCAGCAGAUAAAAUAUUUGUCCAUGAGCAGUGGAACCCUUAUGAUCUGAGCAAUGGAAAUGAUAUUGCCCUGAUACGCCUACAGUACCCAGUUUACAAUAACGGCUAUGUUGAGUUAGCCAAUCUGCCAACAUAUGAUGAAAUUGUACCUCAUAACCAUCCAUGCGUUAUUACUGGAUGGGGUCUGACUCAAGCUGGUGGCAGCAUUCCUGCAAUCCUACAAGAAGCCGUUAUUCCAGUGGUGGAAUAUCCUCUGUGUUCAAUGAAUAACUGGUGGGGAGACACUGUGAAAAACACAAUGGUGUGCGCUGGUGGAGAUGGGAUUAUUUCAGGAUGUCAGGGUGAUUCUGGAGGUCCGCUGAAUUGCAUGACAAAUGGAGCCUGGUCUGUUCAAGGCAUUGUGAGUUUUGGUCCUGUUGGAUGCAACUACUUUCAGAAGCCAACUGUUUUCACACGGGUGUCAGCUUUCUUGGACUGGAUAUUUAACAUAAUUGAUGUCAACACAAAGAUGUGAAGUGCAGCAGUUCUUCUGUAUGCAAUAAAUUAAAAAUCAUUUAACUGAACUGCAA